CGCGUCGGUGGAGACGGUCGUGUCUUGUGGUGGAAGGGAGUGGCGGACCGAGGCAGUUUCUUGCGGCGUCGUGAGGCGAGGAAAAGGAGCCGGCUCGACGGACUUGGCGGCAUCGGCGUCUUCUGCGGCCGUGCGAUGGGUAAACGGACGAAGGUCGCGGCUCCUCCCCAGCGCCGCAACAACGCCGCCCCCACGGUGGGCGACCUGAUCAUGGCGGCCGUGUCGGCCUCGGGCACGCACGUGCGGCGCGGCAUCUCGCUGGUGGCCUUGAAGAAGGCGCUGUCCAAAGCCGGUUACGACGUGCAGAGGAACAACACGCGGGUCAACCAGUCGGUCAAGUCCCUGGUGACCAAAGGGUCGCUGCAGCAGGUCACGGGCACCGGCGCCUUGGGAUCGUUCCGGGUCAGUAAGGACCUGCAGGCGAAGCCCGGAGGGAAGAGGAGGACGGCGGCGGCGGCCGUUAAUCAGAGGCGGCUCAAGCGACCGUUGGCGCCGCAGAGCAGAGGCGACCGGAGGAAGAGGCCGGCGGUCAGACCCAGAGGAGGAAGAGGCGGCGCCGGCGGAGUGUCGCGUAAGAGGCCGGUGGGGAGGAGCAAGAGGCCGGUGGGGAGACCCAGGAAGGCGGGGAAGAAGCAGAUCCCCAGGGCGCGGGGGAAGAAGGCGGCGGCGGGGGCGGAGGUCAGACCAACCGAGGAAGACGCGGCGAGAAACCAGCCUCAGCAACACGGCGAAGGCGGCGGUCGCCCGGAGGAAAAAACCGGACAAAUGUGCUGAGGUUUAAAGGGGGAGAAAGGAAAAAAAUCCAACUCGAAAUCGAUCAACUUAACCGAAUAUCCCGAGUUUACUUCGAAGGAAAAAGAAAC